AUGCAAAAAUGCGUAAAGGUCUUCGUGACAAACCUGCGUUUCCCAUACAAGCUCUAUCCAAACUCCUUCCCUGAAAACUACGAAAACGUCCUGUUUGGCUGUCCAGAGCCCAUAUUCGGGUUGAGAGCCGAGAAGACCCUAAAACCACGAAAGGACAUAAUCGUAAGUCUGCUGGACAUUGCCUUUGAGGUAAACCGCGAAACACCACAGCAUUGCAGCGUUUCUUGCAACUCCCACAUCAUAAGUCAUGAUGAGGGAUCGGAAGAUGUGUAUGCCGAGGCACCUUGA